UAAUUUUUUUCUUGUUUCCCAUUCUAGUUCGUCAGAUAUCAGAUGAUGAUGAUGAGACCAUUGAACAAAUCGAUGAAGAUAUAGCUGUGACUCGGAGUCAGAUGAACUUUAUUUGUCCCAUUACACAGAUGGAAAUGAGGAGGCCGGUGCGAAACAAGGUCUGUGGACAUACCUAUGAAGAAGAGGCCAUUGUAGAAAUUAUCCAGUCUCGAAAGCAGAGAAAGAAAAAAGUCCGAUGCCCUAAAAUGGGCUGUAGCCAUGAUGAUGUAAAAAGAUCAGACCUUGUGCCAGAUGAAGCACUUAAAAGAGUGAUUGACAGUCAGAAUAAAUAAAGCUGGUCAACAUUGGACGAGUGAGCUGGAUACCUACUGCCACAAAGAAAAUUUGUUAUUGGAGGUCUUGUGAGAUAAGCUGCUGAUUAUAUGUAGGUUGUGAGACUGAUUGUUAUUUUUUAAGUGUUAAGUGUUUAAUUUUUAGGCAAAUCAUUGUUAAGUGUUUCAUUUAUAGGCAAAGGCCUCAACUCUAACUGAAAGCAUUUUUUGAACUAAUGAAUGUAAGGAAUUCUGUUUUGUUUGGGGUAUUUUGACCUUCCUGAAUUUCUAAACACUUGCAUUUUAUAAAUAAAACAUGCUUUGCAACAUUUAA